CUCACCUUUAUAUCGCCUAAAUAUGGAAGCGUCGAAAGUUAAACGAGUUAAAUACAACGUGAAUCAGUCUUGAGUGUUUUGUGGUUAUAUACUAUAUGUGUAUAUGUGCAUUUAUUGUUCAUUGUUCUAAGAACUAUCAUUAAAAGUGAAAAAACAAUUGGACAAUUUGAUUACAGUAUAAAAUUGGAUAACUCUACUGUUAAACAAAAUGUCUUCUAAAGAAUAUAACAAAGAAACAGACAAUGAUGUUUCUGAUGCGUUUGGAUGCCCAAGGAAAACUACUACUCCGGUUAUUCGACCCUUACAAACAUCACCAACUGAACGAUAUGCUUCACAUUACAAAAUGGAUCAUCCCAAACGUGGCAUAGCAAUUAUAUUUAAUCAUGAACUUUUUUCUAUUAAUCAUCUUAAACCACGAAACGGAACUAAUACUGAUUGCGAAAACUUCAAGUCUGCAUUAGAAUUACUUGGAUUUACUGUUCGAGUUUAUGAAAAUUAUACUUCUAAACAAUUAGAAAUGGUUUUGAGAGAAGUUUCCGAAAUAGAUCACACCAAUCACGAUUGCUUAGUAGUUUCUGUAUUAAGUCAUGGAGAAUUAGGAAUGCUGUAUGCGUAUGAUACUCCUUACAAAGCUGAUACUAUUUGGUCUCCUUUUACAUCAGACAAGUGUCCUACUCUUGCCGGAAAACCAAAACUAUUCUUUAUACAAGCCUGUCAAGGUGAUAGAUUAGAUUCCGGUAUAACUUUAAAAGAACGUACAGAAACUGAUAGUAGUACACAUACUAGUACAUUCCGUAUACCAACUCAUGCAGAUUUUUUAAUUGCUUAUUCAACAAUACCAGGUUUUUAUUCAUGGAGAAAUACGACACGUGGAUCGUGGUUUAUGCAAGCAUUAUGUAUAGAAUUAAAAGAAUAUGGAUUUAAACAUGAUUUAUUAACGCUACUUACUUUUGUCUGUCAGCGAGUCGCAAUUGAUUAUGAAUCUAAUACUCCAGAUAAUAUAACUAUGCAUCAACAAAAACAAAUCCCAUGCAUUACAACUAUGUUAACUCGUCUAGUAAAAUUCACUGCUCCUCAGAAUAGUGUUUAAUAUUUUAAGAUUAUUAUUAUAUAUUCAUAUUAAGUAGUACAUUUUAUCUUAUUGUAGCACAUGUAUUAUAUAUGUGCUUAGCUUUAUUCAAAUAACAUUUAUUAUUAAUUUUCAAAAUGCAUUUACAAUUCUACUGCCAUUAUUUACUGCAUUUAUAUUAACUGUUUAAGAGAGUGGAGAUAUACACAAAUAUGAGAAGUACAAAUUUUUCUGGUCUCACAAAGUAAUGAAAGUAGAACAAAUUUUUGAUACAAAUGUUUUUUAGAAUUUAUAUAUUUACAUGUAACGCGUGAUCCUAUUAAUUUUUAAACAGUUUUGCAUUUAAAAGGUACUACUAUUAAAUUACAUCUUUCUAAAAUAAGAAUAUUACUUAAUUGUAACAGAUUUUGUUGUAUUUCAAUGAUCUUAUCAAACUACUUAAUAUUUUUAAGUUUGCGCAUUAUGUAGAUCACGUAAAUUUGUAAAUAUUUACAAUUAAAAAUUUUGUAAGAAAAAAUUUACAGUUAUAAUUAAAAAGUUCCACUGUUUACCAUUGUGUAAAUUGUUGUGAUAAUAUAUUAGUUAACCAUGUAAAUCUGUUAUUAUAACAAUACUAUAAAAAAUGAUUUCAACACAGGAUAAAUAUAUUUUAUAUGUAAGAUAGUAUUAUCACAUGCGACGCUGUGAGUCUUGUAUAAUUUAGUGUCUUUUAUACUGUAUACACUUAUACCUUUAUACACAUUUAUAUACAAAAUUUAAAUAUGACUUCUUUGUAAUAUGCAAUAACGAUAUACAAAGAAAAUGAAAGAAACAUAUUACAAAUAAAGUUUCUCAGUAAAAAUUUUUUGUUUCCUUAAAUAAUUUGAUUGAUUUAUAUUCUAUUUCAUUAUUUCAAUUACUCUUAUACGCAUUGGCCCC